UAAAAAAAAAAAUGUCAGCUCUCUGUUCGUAGGAUUUCCAUGUUUAGGUUUACUCAAAAUUCCUUUAAUCUCCAUCAUUUCUUAUAAAAUUAUUCAUUCUAAGUAACUAACACAAGUUUUAUGUAUUCAUUGCCUUUAGAAACUUCGUCAAACUUGCCUAAGUAAUUCCAAGUUUAUGUUACUAGUUUGUAGGCUUAAACAAUUAAUACGUAACUAUUAAAGAAAAAUGUGGAUUUCCGUAAAAAUAUUGAAAGGAGGAGAAUGUGAUAUUGAAGUUUCAGCUACUGCUUCAAUUAAUACUGUGAAAGAGAUAGUAGCUCAACAAUUGCAGAUUCCAGUUGAUCAACAGAGACUUGUUUUUAAAGGGAAAACACUACUUGAUUCUGAGUUAUUAUGUGAUUAUAAUAUUGUCGAAGGAAAUAAAUUACACCUGUUCGUCAGAGAAGAUACACCAAAUGCAGAGGAACGGCCACCACCUGAAUUUUAUGAACAGUUACAAAAGUUAUUAGAAAAACAUUUUUCCCCUUCUGAUGCUGAAAAGGUUUUAGAAGAAUUUCGCAAAAAUCUUUCAGAUCAGUUGCGACACCUAAGCCUGGAUGACAUUGAAAGCCUUGCAACUUUCCAUUUAGACUCAAACAACGAGCCUCAUCCUCCUAUUGCUGCAGCUGCUGCCGCCCCUACCAUUCAAUAAUUAGGAUACUGUUACAGUUGGAUGCAACUUCCAUAUUCCAUUAGAAGUUAUAGUUUGAAAGUCUGCUGCUGGUUUUAUGUACAUGACAAUUUUCUUCACAUUAAGGAAAUGUAAGACAGUAUUUACAUAUUUGCCUUUCAAGUCCUGUCAUAGCUCAUUGUAUUUAUAAGUAAACAAAAUCAUGUGAAUUAGAAAACGAAUGAUGUAUUAUUUACUUAAGAUUUUUCAAAGUUUUGUAUUUUGAAUGUGGUGAUUGUAUUGUUAUAAAAUGUACUAUGCAGAAUGUCAUGUGAAAUGUUUUUCAUCUAGUGCUUUCUCAAUUCCUCCUUGUUUUAUUUUAUGACUUGUUCUUCCACUGAUACUUAUUACUGAGUAACUUUUUAUGUACUAAGUAUUAUGUCUUUACCCAUUUGGUUCUGCUGUAAGUUUUGUCGUAACUUUUAACUAUGCUUAUUGCUUGUUAAGCUAAAAUUCAGUACUCUUAUGAAGCAAUCACUGCAUGUUAUGUAUGUACAUAAGUUUCUUCUGUGUUCCAAAAUUAAAUUCACUGUAUUAUACCUUAAAUUUUGAGCACAUUAAAAUAUUCUUUAUUUA